GCAGUCCGCUCUGUACUUUCCCGAGUCGCGCACGCUCCGCACCGACGUCUCAUAUUACAACAUUACCAAAGGAACCCAAGUUACGUGAUCCAAUUUAAAGCCAUUCCUAUUCAAAGUGUACGAACACUUUAAAUCUUCACCGUAUAAAAUCUUGAAAGCAACAUUCCGAAACUUUGCGUUUGCAAGUGCGUGCUCGUAAUCCUGAGGUGAUUUAGCUCAAAGCGGAAGCCUGGGGGUAGCGAUAAACACCCAACUGCGAGUUCCUUGGUCGUCAAGUGUGAUAAUAAUUAUCUACAACAAAUUCUUGGCCACAAGUGAGAGUACAUACAGCAUGCGCCGUCUGCACCUGACAGACAGACAUUUGCGAGUGAUGCUGUGGUGUAUCUUGUUGGGCCUUCAACCUGCUUUUGGUGGUAUCCUGGACCCUUUCAAUUGGGCACGCUCCGACCGCAUAGAAGUCAACAUACCCUGGCUGCCAUUUGAAAAUGAAACCAGGUGCUAUGAUGAACUCGGCUGUCUAAAUAUCACGAGAAGUUGGUACCACCUCAUCCAUCGUCCCUUCAACGUUUUUCCUUUGCCCAGAGUAGUCAUCAACACGAGGUUUAUUUUGUACACAAAGAAGAAUCCCACAGACGGUCAACUGUUGAACGUGAACUUAAACAAGACGAUAGUGAAGUCCAAUUUCAAUCCGCAGCGGCUCACCAAGAUGAUCAUUCACGGCUUCAUAGACACGCCACUUUCCAACUGGGUGAGCGAGAUGAAAGACGAACUGGUAAAAGCGGGUGACUUCAAUGUAGUGAUUGUGGACUGGGCGGGUGGCAGUCUACCUCUGUACACGCAGGCGACAGCCAACACGAGACUAGUGGGAUUGGAAGUGGCGCACUUCAUCAACACUUUACAGAAAGAACACGGCUUGAAUCCUUUAGACGUGCAUAUAAUAGGACAUUCAUUAGGAGCGCAUACCGCUGGCUACGCUGGUGAAAGAAUAGAGGGCUUAGGAAGGAUAACAGGACUCGACCCUGCAGAACCUUAUUUUCAAGGCAUGCCGACACAUGUCAGGCUAGAUCCGACAGAUGCUCAAUUCGUUGACGUCAUUCAUACGGACGGAAAGAGCAUAUUUCUUUUAGGAUAUGGGAUGUCUCAACCUGUGGGACAUUUGGACUUUUACCCGAACAACGGGAAGGAACAACCCGGUUGUGAUCUCACUGAGGGUCCACUGGUACCCCUCACUUUAGUGAAGCAAGGUCUUGAGGAAGCGUCUAGAGUUUUGGUUGCCUGCAAUCAUGUAAGGGCUAUAAAACUCUUCACAGAAUCAAUCAAUGGGAAAUGCCCUUAUAUAGGACAUCAGUGUCCAUCAUACCAACAUUUCUUAGCUGGAAAAUGUUUUCAUUGUGGACAUGGAUGCGCUAUCAUGGGAUUUCAUGCAGACAGCUCACCUGGACUGAUAACUAAUAAAAAUAAUCAGACAGAAAAUGAAGUGUAUCCCUCCGAGGAACAUGACACUAUUGGCGCGAAAUACUACCUGAGCACUGGGAAGGAACUGCCGUUUUGCCAACGCCAUUACAAAGUCUCCAUUCAAUUAGCAAACCCCAAAGGAGCAGAAUCAUGGGUCCAGGGUUUCUUGAAAGUAACUCUACUAUCUGAUCGAGGUGUCAUACAUGGUAUGGAUUUGACACCAAAUAAUUACGUCAAAUUAGAGCACGGAACAUCAUACACUAUUGUGGUUACACACCCAAUGGAUUUAGGUGGUAAAGUUAGGAAGGUGGAGUUAUCGUGGGAGUACGAUAUGAAUGUACUAGAACCGCGAUCUCUAUGCAUCCUGUGGUGCAACGAUCGAUUGUACGUGAAGUCGGUGAUCGUAGACCAAAUGGAGUUGCCGAGUAGAGGGAAAAGAAAUGUCGACUUUACUAGCAAAUUGUGCACGCCAAAGCGUGAAUUUGCUGAAAUUCCAAACCGAGGAUCCGCAAGUUUCUACGACAACUGCGGCAGGUAGCGGUGCCAUACGAAUUUGACGUUGUGUUGUGUACAUAUUAAUCAGAUAGACCCAGAACGAAAGCUUUAAACGACCAGACUAUGGACACAAAGUGACGUAUCUCUGGUCGGACCUUGUUGAAGUGUUGUGACUGUUCUCAGUGAUUUUUGUUACAGGGUGAAGAAAGACGUCCUUUCUUUAAAUUAUGAUUGUUUGUUGAUUUUUAUAGAAAUAAGUGAGAUCUUAAUAUAAUAGUGUUCUAUUUUAAUAAGUUUUGAUGUACUGAUUAAAAUACUCAUGACUCUA